CGAUUCCUCUGCGACUGCUAGCUAGGGCCUCUCUCUCUCUCUCUCUCAAGCUUUUGUAAUCAUGGGGCACUCCAACGUCUGGAACUCUCACCCUAAAAGCUACGGCCCUGGAUCCCACACCUGCCGCAUGUGUGGAAAUCCUCACGGGUUGAUCCGUAAGUACGGGAUCAUGUGCUGCAGGCAGUGCUUCCGCAGCAACGCCAAGGAGAUUGGCUUCAUUAAGUACCGUUAAGAGCUUGAUCUUGGAUGGAUGAGCUAGUAUGCCGUAGAAAUGCUU